AUGGAAGUACUACCUGCUAGAACUUCAGAUCACAAGCCAUUAGUGAUUCAUGUCUUGCAAGGAGAAAUGAGGAGAUGGGUGAGGAAACAGAGAUUCAAAUAUGAAACAAGCUGGGAUUUAGAGGAAGAUUGUUCAGAGGUGGUUAAGAGAGCUUGGACUAAGGAAGAAGGUAGAAGGAACCCCUUGGAGAAAGUGGAAAAUUUGUUGAUCAAAAGUAAGAUAGCUUUACAGCAAUGGAGUAGAAAAAAUAAGAGAGGGGGAGAAAGGGAACUAGGAGUACUUAUAGCAAGGUUAAAACAAUUGCAGCAGUUUGAGUGCAAACAAAAUGUUGCUAAGAUCAGAAAAGUGCAGGAAGAAAUAAGCUUGCUAUUGGAAAAAAAGGAUUUAAGGUGGAGACAGAGAGCAAAGUUUAAUUGGUACAAGCAUGGAGACAAAAAUACAAAGUAUUUUCAUGCUUGUACAAACCAAAGAAGGAAGAGACAUACUAUUAAGCAAGUCAUAAAUGAGCAAAAUAGAAUGGUGAGUGGAAGUGGGGAAAUUGAAAGAGCUUCUGGCUAUUAUUUUGAGGAGUUGUUCAGGUCUACUGAGCCAUCCAGGGAAGACUUAGAAGGCUGUUUAGUGGCAUGGAGCCAAAGGUGA